GGGGAGGGGGCCUGGCAGCGCCCGAGCAGCCAAUCCGCACGGGCGGCUCCCCCGGAGCUCGGAGCCGGGCACCGGGACCGACCGGAGCCGCCGCCGCCGCCGCCGCGCCAUGGAGCCCAACAGCCCGCGGAAGAUCCAGUUCACCGUCCCGCUGCUGGAGCCGCACCUGGACCCGGAGGCGGCCGAGCAGAUCCGGAGGCGCCGGCCAACACCCGCUACCCUGGUUCUGAGCAGCGACCAGUCCUCCCCAGAGGUGGAUGAAGACCGGGUCCCCAACCCCCUGCUGAAGUCGGGCACGUCCAUGUCUCCGCGGCAGAGGAAGAAGGUCUCGCGCACCACUCCUACCAUGAAAGAGCUGCAGAUGAUGGUGGAGCAUCACCUAUGCAAGCAGCAGCAGGAGGAGGAAGAGGAGCUGGGCACCAAGAACCAGGAGCAGCCCAGCCCGGCCUGCUGCCCACAGGGUGACACAGACCACAGCCACAGCCCCGGGGGCACCUGCCCCCUGGCCCCAGGCCUGGCCCGGCUGGGAGCCCAGGGGGGAGGCCCGGCGGCACCGGAGGGCAAGAAGCUGUCAGACGCAGCCGGGGCCAGGAGCCAGGCCACGACCAGGCAGGACCAGGCCACGGAGACACCAGGCUCACCCGCCCCGUUGACGGGCUCCACAGGCCAGAAGGUGCCGACGGCCGAGUAGGUGCCGGAUGGGGCGGGAUGGCCCCGGUGGUGCUUUCCCGAGCUCCCGUCGCCACCUGCAUGGCCAUGACCUUCGCCUGCCGCUGAGCCGCGGGGCAGCUGCACGGACGCCCCCUGUGGCCCUCCCUUCCAUGCUGGGGGCUGCUGUCCCGCUCACAGCACUUGGGCCGGGCGGGGGGCACUGGCUAGGCCGGGCUGGAGCCCAUGGGAUCUGUAUUAAAGGGAUCUUCUUCUCA